CGGAAUCACUACCGCACAUCACUUCGUACCUUAUUUCCUAAUGUUUUCGUGAAAAUGUGCCGUUCAAAAAUGCUCACGUCUGUGAUUAAAAUCGUUUAAAAUGAACUCUAUCGCUAUCACAUCACUGUGAAAUAGUUUUUCGUUUUAUUUUGUGCUAAAGUGUAUUUUAUAGGUUUCUAAAAUUGUGUUAGGGGGUGGUGCCGUGAUGCCAGUUCGUAAGCAAGAGGCCCACCGAGCUUUGGAACUGCUGGAAGACUACCACAGUAAGCUAGUGAAGCCUCAGGACCGACAACUGCGCCUCGCCAUUGAGAGAGUCAUCCGGAUCUUCAAGUCUCGACUGUUUCAAGCUCUACUUGAUAUACAAGAGUUUUACGAGCUCACUCUCCUCGAUGACACCAAGUCUAUCCAGCAGAAGACCGCGGAGACCAUCCGCAUCGCCAACAAGUGGGAGGCCGACAACACACGCCGGGAGAUACCAACCGAGGAAAGCGACUACAGAUCCGUGUCAAAUGCCUUCCUUCAGGACAACAACAGAAAACCAGAACCACCUCGCAAUGAAACGCCAGACUCUACCAAGGUGGGAAGCGUGCAAAUCGUCGCACCGAGCGGCGAAACUGAAGAAAAGAAGGCUCACGUUACCUCACCAGAAAUGAAGCAGUUGCAGAUAAAUGGUAUUGAGGGUGGUGGUGGCGAGCGGACGGUGGAGGAUGGGCACCUGCAGCUCAGCAUCGUGUUGUCGCGUGCGGGCGGCGCCGGGCUCGGCUUCAGCAUCGCCGGCGGCUCCGACAACCCGCACGUGGCGACCGACCCUCGCAUCUACGUCACCAAGCUCAUACCCGGGGGCGCCGCCGCCGCCAGCCAACUGCAGAUCAAUGACGCCAUAUUACAAGUAAACGAUACGAACGUCGAAAACGUAACGCACGCUGAAGCGGUGGAUGCGUUGAAAAAAGCUGGCAAUACCGUGAGACUGAAAGUAAGACGUCGUGUGACAGAGGAAACGCUGACAGUAUCGCAGCCGAAGUCUGAGGAAGCCAUUGAGAUCGAGCUGGUAAAGGGUGGAGCGGGCUUGGGGUUCAGUAUAGCUGGUGGGGUCGGCAACCAGCACAUCCCGGGGGACAACGGUAUCUACGUCACUAAGAUCAUGGCGGGAGGCGCCGCACACCGCGACGGGCGGCUCAGGGUCGGAGACAAGCUGCUUAUGGUCAAAAAUACCUCGCGCGGGGACGUGAACCUAGACAAUGUGACGCACGAAGACGCGGUCGCGGCGCUGAAGGCGACGGGCGAGCGAGUGGUGCUGGUACUAGUGCCCGGCCCGAGGCACGGACAGCCCUCGCCGAGGACGUCGCGAGCCAAUACUCCAUCAAGCACAGCAAAUUCCCUCCGCCGCGACGGAGCAGACGACGUGACGGACUCCACUGAAGAGCAGAGAGUCGUCGAACUGGAAAAAGGUUCACAGGGGCUCGGUUUCAACAUCGUUGGUGGAGAAGAUGGACACGGGAUAUACGUGUCGUUUCUACUGGCUGGUGGACCAGCGGAGAGAUCCGGGCUGUUGAGGCGCGGCGACAGACUGCUAGCGGUCAAUGACACCGAUAUCACGCACGCUACGCACGAGCAAGCUGCUAAAGCACUAAAGGGCACAGGGCAGAACGUGAAGCUGACAGUGGUUUACCGACCACAAGAGUACAACAAGUUCGAAGCCCGCAUCAACGAGCUGAAACAACACCACACGCUGCUCAGAACGUCACAGAAACGGUCACUCUACGUCAGAGCUCUAUUCGACUACGACCCAAUCCGCGACGACGGUCUGCCCUCCCGAGGACUGCCAUUCCGCUACGGAGACAUACUGCACGUCACCAACGCAUCUGACGACGAGUGGUGGCAAGCCAGGCGGAUAGAUACAACGGACCAAGAUGCGAUCGGCAUAAUUCCGUCGAAGAAGCGAUGGGAGCGCAAGCAGCGGGCGCGAGACAGACAAGUCAAGUUCCAGGGACAGGGCACGCCCGUGAGUACUAGCCAGUCAACAUUAGAAAGGAAAAAGAAGACGCUAUCGUUCAGCAGAAAGUUCCCGUUUAUGAAGAGUCGGGAGGACGGCAAAUCCGAGGACGGUUCGGACCAAGAACCUUUCAUGCUUUGUUACACACAGGAGGAUGCUAACGCGGACGUAUUGAGUGCUACCAAGAUUGACACCGCAGAUAAAGGGGAAAUCUUGUACCGAGUGGAACUUCCCAUGAUGGAGGAGAUAACGCUCAUAUAUCUCGAGGACGAGAGCCAGGACGAGACGGUGUUGUCGUAUGAGACGGUGCAGCAGAUGACCAUCAACUAUACGCGGCCGGUGAUCAUCCUGGGCCCGCUCAAGGACCGGAUAAACGACGACCUCAUAUCCGAAUUCCCGGAUAAAUUCGGCAGCUGCGUGCCACAUACGACCCGGCCGCGCCGCGACUACGAGGUGGACGGGCGCGACUACCACUUCGUGGCCAGCCGCGAGCAGAUGGAGCGCGACAUACAGAACCACCUGUUCAUAGAGGCCGGCCAGUACAACGACAACCUCUACGGCACCUCCGUCGCCUCCGUAAGAGAGGUCGCUGAAAAGGGCAAACAUUGCAUUUUGGACGUGAGCGGUAACGCUAUCAAGAGAUUGCAAGUGGCGCAACUCUACCCUAUUGCCAUAUUUAUCAAACCAAAGAGUGUAGAAUCUAUAAUGGAAAUGAAUAAGAGGAUGACUGAAGAACAAGCGAAGAAAACAUACGAACGAGCGUUGAAAAUGGAACAAGAGUUCGCAGAGUAUUUCACCGCGGUAGUGACGGGCGACACGCCGGAGGAGAUUUACUCGAAGGUGAAGACGGUGAUCGAGGCGGAGAACGGGCCCACGGUGUGGGUGCCGCGCCGCGAGCCCCUGUGAGCGGCCGCGCCCGUGCCAUACCGCCCAGUACCUUACCACGUGCCUCCACCACCUGUGCCGGGCUAGCCGGGAACCGUGCCCCCCCCCACACACACACACAAACAAACCCACAACCCAUACACUCACGUGACUUUUGUUCCACACGAUAUCAAAAACCCACGAACAAAAGUUCACGACUGACCGGGUCCGAACACACGCUUCCCGACUAUCCCCGUAGUGCGGCUUCGAUAUCAAUACUUAAAUAAUAGAUAUUUAUUUAAUUUCGUUAAAAACUAGAGAUAUAAAUAUUUGUCCGACUUUAGGCGAGUUCAAUCGCCGAAGUGUUUGGCGAACUUUCAGCGCAAUCGAAUUGCGAAUAGGCUGCAUGAGUACGCCUGCGAGUGCAUUCGGUGAAGUUAGUUCGGAAUCUCCUCUUGGUCACAAAGGUUAGAGUCGACGGGUGACAGCGUCUCGAUACGAUAUAGCAAUAAGCGCUCGGCCGCGACACAAGCAAUACAAGUAGCCGCGCGGGUGGCGCCCCCGCGGCGCCGGCUCGCGCACUAGUCGUGUCAUACAACUCGGCUCCCUAGUUUUACUAUCAGACUUUCGUAAAUCACCGCUUGAAACAUCCUAUCCGAGUUCAUUUAGCGUAAGUUUAUUUUAAAUUUAAAUGUAUCAUAAACUAUCACUCGUGCAUUAUUGUUGACCAAGAACGCGUUAUAGCCUUCACUGUAGAAGAUUACUUAACACUAUACGCUUGUUUAUUGUGCAAGUCAAACUCACUAGCGAUAAUAUUACGUCGAAUGCAAUGUUUAUAUCAAAUAUAAUUUUAAUUAUUUGACAAAACCAAUAAUUGUGCUUCAAUUAACUGUAAAUUUAAUGUAUAUUAAUAAAUUUUAAAAUGGUAUUAUUCAUGUUAAUUUACUCAGGUUGCUAGAUACAUUUUGAAUCUUGUCGCGUUAAGAGUUACUAUAAUAAUAGCGAAGUUAUUGUGCGAGACAGAUCACGGAGCACCGGUGAUGUUAAUACUAUAUUAUCGUAUACCUACUAGUUGUAUACUUGUAAGAUGCUGUAGUCAUACCCACCUCACGCCUCACGCGAGUCCUGCAUGGCUAGGCUAAGACGUACGUUAUCAGGAUUAUUUGCUCAAGCGGCAAUCUGUAUCGUAGCCAUUGAAUCUCAUGACAUUUUCUGCACACCGAUAUGUCCCCUUAACACUUAGGUGAGGUGCAAGUUGUUUGUUGAUCAUUUUUAUAGUAAGCAAUUGUGUUAUAUGGUGUGAAAUGUCUCACCAAUUAAAUAGUGUUUGACAUUUAUUUAUUGAGAAUUUUAUUUUCUUACGGAAUAAUAGAGUGCCCAUCUGCAAAUAUGGCGCUUGACGCGAGCAGUGACGCUUCAGACCGCAAUAUUACGUUACGGCGUGUUGCUUACUCUUUAUUACUUUGUUAGUAAGUGCAUUAUUAUUAUUAUAUUGCAAUAAUGUAAAAAAAUAUGACAUUGUUCCCACUGUACUUAAAUUACUUUUAUUUUUUUACUGAUAUGCUAUUAGUCUGAGAUUUUAUUUAAUUCUUUUGUGCAUGACAAAUAACAUUUUAUUUUAGAGAAUUUGACGAAGGAAUUGCGACUUAAUAAACUUGGACUGCUUAGUUCUGUCAAAUAUACUAUUAACAAAACAAGUUACCAAAGAUAUAAUCGGUAAUAUAUAUUGACUAAGCUAAAAUUUAUCUGUUAUAUUACUUAAUUUGGAAUAGAGUACUUAAUAACCAAGUUAAAGCGGUCGUGAUUCUUUUAUGGUAAGAAUUUUAUGUAAAUAUUAUAACAAUUAUGUUUUAAUUAUUGUUUAAGUUCUACAAUGAUGUAUUAACAAUAUUAUGAAUGUUUUAUUUUAAUAGGUAUUUAUUAUGUCGUCUGUAGGUAUUCUAUUUAAUUAAUCGAGCGUGUUAUUCUGUGUAAAUUGAUUUAAUUAAGCGUAAUUAAUGUCUUAACAAAUAGUUAACUUUAAAUAUUUUAUCAAACACCCAUAUUUGCAGAUGUACAAUGUUUAUGAGUUAGUGAUGUUCAAUAGACUAGUUUGAAUAAAAUUAUUUACGUUGAAAAUUC